AUGUCUUCCACCGAUUACAAGUUCGAAGGAUGGAUGGGUCUCAACCCCGAAGCCGGCCAGGGAAAGAUGGUCUGGCAGGAGUUUGAGCCCAAGCCCUGGGAGGAGACUGAUAUCGACAUCAAGAUCUCUCACUGUGGUAUCUGUGGCUCCGACCUGCACACUCUCCGCAGUGGAUGGGGACCCUCCAACUACCCCUGCUGCGUCGGCCACGAGCUCGUCGGUACCGCCGUCCGCGUCGGUUCCAAGGCCACGGGCGAUAUCAAGGUCGGUGACCGUGUCGGUGUUGGUGCCCAGAGCGCCGCCUGCCAGAACGCCGAUGGAAACUGUGAGGCCUGCGCCGCCGGUCUCGAGCAGCACUGCACCCGCAUGGUCGGUACCUACAACGGCACCUAUGCCAACGGCGGCAAGUCGUACGGUGGCUACGCCACCUUCAACCGUGCUCCCUCCCACUUCGUGAUCAAGAUCCCCGACGCCAUCUCCUCUGCCGACGCCGCCCCCAUGCUCUGCGGCGGUAUCACCACAUACUCCCCUCUGCGCCAGAACGGCUGUGGCCCCGGCAAGUCCGUUGGUAUCGUCGGUGUUGGUGGUCUCGGCCACUUCGGUAUCCUCUUCGCCAAGGCUCUCGGUGCCGACCGCGUCGUCGCCAUCUCCCGCAAGUCGGACAAGAAGGAGGACGCCUUGAAGCUCGGUGCUGAUGACUUCAUUGCCACCGGUGAGGACAAGGACUGGGAAACCAAGCACGCUUCCUCCCUCGACCUGAUCAUCUCCACCGCUUCUUCCUCCAAGAUGCCCAUUGUCGGAUACUGCAACCUGCUCCGCUUCCGCGGUACCUUCAUCCAGCUGGGUGCCCCUGAGGAUGGUGCUCUGGAGAUCCCCGCCUUCGCCCUGAUCGUCAAGGGUCUGAAGCUGGGUGGUUCCUUGAUCGGUAGCCCCGAUGAGAUUCGUGAGAUGCUUGCCCUCGCUGCUGAGAAGGGUGUCAAGCCCUGGAUCCAGGAGCGUCCCAUGAAGGAUGCCAACCAGGCUAUCCUGGAUAUGGAUAACGGCGAUGCUCGUUACCGCUACGUCCUGACCAACUAA